UCUGUAGCAAACAGCGCUUCACAGCCGGGCGUCCAGGGACUCUCCUUAUUUUCUGGGUGUCCCUGUCAGAUUUUCUGCAGAGACAGCAAGACAUUUUUCCCAUGUUCCAUAAGGUGCUGCAGGGCCCGCUUCCACCCAGAGUGCUGCCUUUCCUGGGAGCUGUGCUUUUCCAAAGGAAGGAGAAGAAAGAGACUGGGUUUUAUCACUGGCAGUGGGAAAAGCACCCUUACUACAACCUAACAGUGAAAGUCCUCCGAGCCAGAAACAUCAAGGGUACAGAUCUGUUGUCCAAGGCAGACUGCUAUGUGGAACUAAAGCUGCCCACUGCAUCUCCCAUAGUCUCCCGAACUCAGGUUGUUGACAACUCUGAUAACCCAGAAUGGAAUGAAACUUUCCAGUAUCGAAUCCAUAGUGGUGUCAAGAACAUUCUGGAGUUGACACUCUAUGAUAAGGAUGUCCUUGUCAGUGAUGAGCUCACGUCUAUCGUCUUCGAUGUAGGGGGCAUGAAGCUGGGUCGGCCCCUGCUGCGCACUUUCAAGUUGAACCCUGAGGCUAAUGAAGAGCUGGAUGUAGAGUUUUACUUGGAGAAAUGCUCAGAUGUCCCUACAGAGGUAUUGACCAAUGGAGUCCUUGUGGUUCAUCCUUGCUUGUCUCUGCAAGGCACUGUUAACAAAGAGGAAAACACAAAAGAGAAACAGCAAGGGUGCUGUGAAAUUAAGUUGUCUGUCCCAGGGGCAUAUCAAAAGCAGUUGAGUAUUCCUUGGACACCAGAUAAUGAGAAGCAUUAUGGAACCUCAUUUGUUUUUCAUGUGGAUAAAGAAAUGUGUCCAGAACUGCAAGUGCAGCUGGAGCAAACCAUAUCUGUUCUACAGGAUGGCAUGAACCCUGAUGUUGAAAAGCAUACCACAGUUCUGGGAUUGGGAACUGUACCAGUUAAUUCCCUUCCUAUUGGAGAAAAAGUUGAUAGAAUCAUUUCUUUGGGAGAGGGACAAAGUUUGGAUAUGAGUUUGAAAACUGAAGAGAGCACUUGGGAUCUUGAUAUACGUCUGGGUUUCGACCUCUGUAAAGAGGAGAGAGAAUUUUUGGACAAAAGGAAGAAAGUAGUUUCUGAGGCACUGAGAAAGAGUCUUCACUUAAAAGAAUCCCCUCCAAAAGAUGAGGUUCCAGUCAUAGCAGUACUGGGGUCUGGAGGUGGGAUGAGAGCACUGACGUCGUUCUAUGGUAGUCUUGCUGGGCUUCAGCAGCUGGGCCUUUUGGAUGCUGCAAUAUACCUGUGUGGGAUUUCUGGCUCUACUUGGUGUUUAUCGACACUGUAUCAAGACCCCAACUGGUCACAGAAAGACCUUCAAGAUGCAAUCAGAAGAGCUCAGGGUGCUGUGUCCAGCAGCAAAGCAGGGGCAUUUUCCCCAGAACGACUGAAAUACUAUUUCCAGGAGCUGAAUGCAAUGGAGAAUAGUGGACGGAAAGUUUCCUUUACAGAUUUGUGGGGCCUUAUUGUGGAAUUUUUCCUACAGCAGAAGGAAGACCCAUCAAAGCUGUCUGAUCAGCAAGAAGCAGUGAAAUGGGCCCAGAACCCUUACCCUAUCUAUGCAGCUGUCAAUGUGAGACCCAAUAUGAGCAGUGGUGACUUUGCAGAAUGGUGUGAGUUCACUCCCUAUGAAGUUGGAUUUCGCAAAUACGGAGCUUUUGUCAGAACAGAGGACUUUGACAGUGAGUUCUUCAUGGGACGACUUAUCCGGAAACAUCCAGAACCCAGGAUUUGUUUUCUACAAGGAAUGUGGGGCAGUGCUUUUGCGGCAAGCUUGGAUGACAUCUGCCUGAAGGUGGUUGGUAUAGGACUGAGCUUUCUAGAUUCUUUCAAAGAUGUUAUAAAAGUUGUAGAUGACUGCCGAAGAUUCCAUUUCCGAGACCCAGCACGACUGAAGACUCGCUUGGUUAUACCUGGGGGCCCCUUGCUACAAAUUUUUCAGGAUUUCUUCAAGUCCCGGGUCACAUGUGGAGAAACCUUCAACUUCAUGAGGGGAUUGUAUCUUCAUAAAGAUUAUGUUAACAUCAAGAAAUUUGUGACUUGGAGAGGUACUCAUCUGGAUGCAUUUCCCAACCAGCUGACCCCCAUGGAAGAGAGCUUAUAUUUAGUGGAUGGUGGCUUUUCUAUCAACUCUCCCUUUCCUUUGGUACUUCAGCCAGAGAGGGAUGUGGAUGUUAUCUUGUCAUUCAAUUUUUCCUGGGAAGCUCCAUUUGAGGUUUUAGAGCUGACUCAGAAAUAUUGUGAGGAGCGUGACAUUCCUUUUCCAAAAAUCAAAUUUAGUGAGGAAGAUGAAAAGAAGCCAAAGGAGUGUUACAUGUUUGUGGAUGAUAAUAAUCCAAAGGCUCCAAUUGUAGUCCAUUUCCCAUUAGUGAAUGACACUUUCCAGAAAUACAAGGCUCCAGGAGUUGAACGUGAGUCAGAAGAAGAGAAAUCCUUUGGUGACUUCAUCAUUGAGUCAAAGGAUUCUCCUUACCGUACACUAAAUUUCACCUUUGAGCCAUAUGAUUUCAGCAGGUUAGUGGAAGUGAAUCGCUACAAUGUUCUGAACAGCAAGGACACUCUCUUCAAAACCCUAAACUUGGCUCUACAAAGGAGGAAGUUGAAGAAGGUCAUCAAUAAGUCCAGUAUGAGCAGCUUCCAGAGCUGUGCUCUGAUGAAAACUCAAGGGAUGCACCGUACAACAUGGAUGUUGCUUCCUUGUGUGGGGAAGAGUAAGGAAUCAUCUAGCCCAGUAUCUCAAUUUACAGUUGCUGAUGCCAGAUGAUUAGGGAGGUCUAUUCAAACAGUUCCAGCAUCUGGAGAAUAAUCUUCCAAACUCCACUAAGCGAUGCACCUCUUUUUGUCAAAGGUGUGUUAGUGUUUGGGGAAACACUGAUUUCUUCUGUACUUUUAUCUCUCCUGCUUUUUGAAUCUCCCUUCAUGAACUUUUACAAUUUACAUCAUCUUGCAAGUAAUUCCACAGAUACACACACACUGAGAGAUAUGUGUCCUUUUGCUUUGAACUUGUUACUGGCUGAUGCCUGCAUACUUCAAGACUGAACAGUGAUUACUUGCUUUCUGUUUUUGCCAUUCGUGAUUUCAAAGAUCUUUGUGAUAUUUCCUUCCUUCCCUUCUCAGGGAUUUCAAUGACUUUUAGUCUACCAGAGCUUCAAUAUUGAGUACCUUAUUUUCAUAAACAAUCUGUUUUUGAGGAAAUAAAUAUUCACUUUUUAAUGUUUAACAAUUAAAACACAUUGUGGGAUUGUGUUGCUUCUUCCUACAGUUUGAUCAUCAUGAGAUGAUGAAAGUGUGAUGAAAGUACCAUAAGUCUCAUCUUUCUCUUUGUGUAUAAGAGGAAGGAAGGCUCCUUUGAAGGGUUUGAAUUAGAUAUUUUCUGCCUUACACUUCAGUGUGCAGUUCAACCAGACCUUUGUUGGAGGAAUUUGCAUGUCUAUAUAUUUCAGAAACGUCAGUAGUCAAAGUAGGCACACCUUACAAAUGUGAAUGAAUAAAACAAUGUGCUGCAGUACUGUGGGAUGGAAUUCACCUCACUUUGCAUAAAGCUCAGAGAAAAGGACUGAAUUAUGCAGUUGGAAAAUAUGUGGUACAAAAAUAUGUAAUACAAAACAAUGACAAACAAGCAUUGUUUACUUUUGCGGCUUUUACACUGAGUUGAAUGUACUGAUUCUGUAUUUGAAAACUGGAGACAGGAAAUUUGUCUUAUGAAAGAAUGUAAAGGCUUAUAGAUGAGGAUGAU